AUGAGAACCGAAGAGAUAACAGAAAGACCCCCCUUUAGCACCUCGAAAGACACCACCCCACCUACCCCUCCCCUCUACGCCUCCCCAAUCCUCAAAGCACCUCCCCCAAACGCCCACGAGCUCACCCCCAACCCCACGACCGCACUCCUCAAUCCACCACCCCCACCCCCUCUUCAGCCAAAAAAUCGCAGUUCUCCCUCCCGACCGGAAUCAGAAGGCCGCCGACCCACCACAUACGCAACAAAGUCGCCCCCAACCACACAAAUUGAACCAACCCAAACACGUGAAAUCCUGCCCUGUCACCCAAACCCCCAUCACCCCAGAAAUCCAGUAUCGUCAAUAAAACUAAAAUCGCCCGAUCAGGUCCAAUUUAAAAUCCAAUCCCAACACUUCGUGCUAACGUAG